AUGGCGGCUGUUCAAGCCAAGGGAUUGUAUCAGUUUGAUGGAGAUUCAACAAAUGGCGAGAUUUCUUUUGAACCUGACGAAAUAUUGACGAUAGUCAGGCAGGAUAUAGGCGAAGGGUGGUGGGAGGCGAGGAGAGAAAAUGGGGAUCAGGGAUUAAUCCCAGAAACUUAUGUAGAACUUCUUUCAAUACCCGAGCCCCAAUUUCCGCCGCCCCCUCCCCCUAAUCUACCGUCAAUACCGAAUAACUUGCCGCUGGGAGUAACAGCACAUAAUCCAGUAAACAACGCCAAUCAUGGACUUGGCAAUAGAGAAGCAAGUUACGACGAAUGGGACGAUGAAUGGGAGGACGAUGAUGACCAGUCUAGCAAUAGCACAGUGCAGUACCGUUAUAAAAGUACAUCUAGCAGCUCAUAUGAUCAGCAGUGGUUGGACAAUCAGAGUGGUGCACCAACUUCAACAGGAAGUCAGAAUGAGUCACACGGUCAAGGAAACUUUGGCCUCUCUGUGCCGAAGAGGGAGCGCAAACAGGUGUCACCAACUUCAGACAUGUCCAAAUAUGGCACGGUUAAAAGUAGCUUCAACAGAUUUUCACAUUUUGCAAAACUUGGAGGUGAGGCAUUUAUGAUGGGUCAAGUUAACGCAGAUGUCCCGGAGAGUGAUUUGAUUAAAAUUAUUGAAACAGAAAAUGGCCCUGAUUGGACACCUUUGCAGAGUCCAUAUACCUGCACUAUUUCAUCCCCGAAAAAGGCAACUAAAAUGAAAGGUUUAAAAAGUUUUAUUACGUAUCAUUUAACCCCAUCUUUCAGCAAUAUUCAAGUUAGUCGCAGAUACAAACAUUUUGAUUGGCUACAUCUAAGAUUGAUGGAGAAAUUUGUUUGCAUACCAGUCCCUCCAUUACCAUGUAAACAAAUUUCUGGACGCUACGAAGAGGAUUUCAUUCAAGAAAGAAUGCGGCAUCUACAACAAUGGCUGGACAGAAUGGUCAGACAUCCUGUGAUCGCUCAUUCAGAGGUCAUGCUACAUUUUCUGACAUGCACAAAUGAGAAGAAAUGGACCGAGGGCAAGAGAAAAGCUGAAAAAGAUCCAUAUGUAGGUGGAAAAUUUUUCUUGGUUUUGCAGAUACCACCUCACGCCUGUGACAUGAAAGAUGUGGAAAGCCAGAUGGAAGUGUUCUGUCGUUUUGUGAUGAACAUGAAUGAAAAUUGUAAAACUUUAGUUGCAACUAAUAAUGACUUUAGUAAAAAGCACAUGGGGCCUUUUAAACGGGAGUUUCAGAAGAUCGGCAGUAGUUAUCGGGGGUUAGCUAGAACCUUCAAUGACGACAACGUUCCAUAUUCACGAGAUUUAACAGCAGCUAUUGAUUAUAUGGGUGAAGCUUACAUGAUGAUUGGAGACAUGUUCGAAAAACAACCACCUAAAGAUCUACACCCUUUGAUCGACUCAAUAAUUGAAUAUAGAGGAAUAUUGCAGACGUACCCGGAUGUGCUAAAAGUCCAUGAAGGUGCUGUAGGUAAAGCUAAGGAGUGUUUAAAAUCCCAGGAAGAAGGCAAAUUAAGCGAGUCAGAAGUACAAAGUGUUUUACAACGCGCUGAUACAAUAUCAUAUGGAACACUUGCUGAAAUGCAUAAUUUUCAUCAUGAACGUGUGAAAGAUUUCAAAGACAUGAUGCAAAAAUAUUUGAAAGAGCAAAUUGAAUUCUAUAAAGGAAUAACCAGUAAACUAGAGGCAUCGUUGGCCAUGUUUGAAAAAGCAUAAAUCAUAAGCAAGGCUUGCCACACUUACUCAUAAAAUUGGCCGCUCAUUCAAACAGCACUGACAUUAUUUCAGUGUAGAAUCCAUGUAGGUCUACAUCGAAAUUGGUUGUACUUUCUACUGAUUGACGUUUACAGUGAAUGGGUGUCGGAUUUUAUUCUGUGUCUGAAAUAUAUAAACAUAUUUACAUCAUACAACCAAUACACAUGGUAAACCCUGGCAACCCUCUGGAUAUGCACCUUUUUGUAGGCCUUGAAAGUUCAACAACAAUUUGUUAUGUUUUCAAACAAUUUGUUUACCUUGGCUAUGUUUUGUUGUGUUUGUUAUUUUUUAUACAUUAUUAUAUAAUUAUAUACAUUGUAAUUUAUAAUAAUCAUGUAUGUAGAUUGAAAUAUACAUGGCAGUUAACUAUGUCAUAUGCUCUGAAAAAUUCACGCUAAAAGUAAAGUUUUAUAUCUAAAUAAUAAUGUAUGUAUGUACAAAUAAUUUACCGGUAAUUCAUUUUCUAAUCUGCUCUAGUUUCAUUUACUUUGCUUUGCCAAUCAUGUUAUAUUAUACAUGUACCCUCUUCUCAUGUUACUGUGAAAUGACCAAAAAAAUAAGAAUGUAAAAGCACCCUUUAAUUUCAAACAUUUCUUGACACAUUAAUGCAUUAUCUUAACAGAAUUACGCACUAUUACCUAUUAGUGCCCGGUACAGCAUUUGCUCACAUUCACACAUCAAAGCAUGAGUUAAUAUAUUUAUGUAGAAUAUUACAUUUGAUUUCUACAUGUACUUGUGUAAAUAAUAUUUUGCAACACUUCUAAAGGUUAUCAGAAUGCACUCAGAUGCUAAAAAUAGAACUUGUUGUUUCACAAUAAUGUGGGCCUAUGAUGUGAAGUGGGUUAUUAUAUUACAUGUGUAAAUUAUAUCAAUAUGAUUGUUGUUAUUUUCAAGAUACAUGUAUAUUAUCAUACCAUCUGUAGAUAAUAUUAUUUAAACAAAGAUCUAUUCCUUUUUAGCCUGAAGUCCUAAUUUUGUGACCAUUGACAAUGGCAUUGAGCUAUCAGGAUCACCAUACUUGUUGCUCAAAACAAUGCAUCUUAGGAAGUUAUUUUGCGGGGAAUAAUUGUCUUAAAAAUGUAAUUAGUCUACUCAUUAUGAGUUGGUGUGAAAUGGAAUAGACCAGUAAUAUUCUAGACUAUAGCUAAAUAUAUAUCAGUAUGUUACUAAAAAGGUUAUUUAUUGUGGGCUUUGGCCCGGUUCUUGUAUUCUAUUACCGGUAUAUUAUUUGCCUUUUGAUAAGAAAUACAUGGUAGCUUCAAAUAAGAAGUUUGGGUGUGCAAUAGAUAAUAUAUUUAUUCUAGAAAAAAUAUAUCUUUAGAUAAAAUAAGUUUUUUAAAACAUGGAAAACUGUAUGGAUUGUUUCUGUAUAACUGAUAUUAUAUUUGAUAUUGAUUAAUAAUCUAUCACAUGUUAAUAAGAUUAAAUGUUAAUCAAUUAACUUCUGGCAUCAAGGUUUAACAGGAAAUGCAGCAUACAUGCAAUUAAGGUAGCUAUAACGAUGAAUUUUCACUCUUUUAUUUUACAUGGUCAUUGUUAUGCAAGAUGAUCGAGACAGUCCAUUCAGAAAGUUGGAUAUCUUGUCAUUGUGAUAUGCUGUUAAGUACAAUUGUCAGUAACACACGGUUUGUGUACAUUAUGAUUUAUAUUCAUUACACAAAAUCUGAAUCAACAGAACCAAGAGUAGUUUUUUAUACGCCCACAGGGAAAUGUGGUCGUAUAUUUUGCCGUCACCCCCCCCUGCUCCGUCCGUCCUUUAGAUAAGAUAAGAUAAGAUUUUAUUGUAUCAUUGCAUCCACCAAGGUCAGCAUACACAGUUUAAACAAAAGUUGAUCAUAUAAUUAUAACAUAACAUCUGGGGUGAUCCUUUAUGGAUGUACAACGUGAUAUAACAAGUCUAUAAGCAUUAAAAGAUGGUCGGUAUAAUGAGAAUCAGUAUAGAGCUGAAACGAAAAUUAUCUAAACUAGCCUGAAAAAUAAACAAACUACUUCUACCGUAAGUAUUAUGUCGGUCCGUUGUCCCCAAUUCUUGUGAACACUCUACAGACUACAUUUAUCAUCUGAUUGUUUUGAAAUUGAUAUAUGUUGUUUGCAUUAGUGAGAUAAAGAAGCCUAUUUAAUUUCAAUAACUUCUGUUAAUUUCUUCUGGAGUUAUGGCCCUUGUUUCACUUUGUUGCACCUUGUGAAUGCUCUAACGACAAAAGUUAUCAACCGAUCUGUAUGAAAUUUAUAUGCAUCAUUUAAAUUAGUAAAACAAAAAAUCCUAUUGAAUUUCAGAAAUAUUCGUUAAUUAAAUCUAGAGUUAUGGCCCUUGUUUCACUUUGUUGCACCUUGUGAACGCUCUAACAGCAUAAGUUAUCAACCGAUCUGUAUGAAAUUUAUUUAUGCAUCAUUUAAAUUAGUAAAACAAAGAAUCCUAUUGAAUUUCAGCAAUUUCCGUUAAUUACAUCGACAGUUCAUCGCGUGCAUUUUGCAUACCGAUAGUUCAUUGACCAAUCACGCUAUUUAACCGACAUUUCUCCUAAUAGUUUGGAUGCAUCUAUGGCGGGUGUGGCGCCAGGCAGGGUAAGCUUACUCUUCCGGACACCUGUUACCACUGUUUGUCGUGUAAUUUAUACACAAGGAGCAGUCCAUUUGCUGAUUACACUAUUUUGCUUGAAUACACUAUUUUGCCUAUAACGUUUUUUAGGACUUCGAAUUCUGUCUUAUGGUUUGGAUUGUUCGUACUUGGUUUCAUUUUAUUUAUAUCGAGAGUUAUGGCCCUUGUUUCACUUUGUUGUACCUUGUGAAUGCUCUGACGACAAAAGUUAUUAUCCGAUUUGUAUGAAAUUUAUAUGUAUGGUUUAAGUUAGUAAAACGAACAAGCAUACAGUUUCAGAAAAUUUUCGUUAAUUACAUCUAGAGUUAUGGCCCUUGUUUCAUUUUGUUGUGUUUUACUUUGUUGAACCUUGUGAAUGUCCAAACGACAAAAGUUAUCAUCCAAUCUGUAUGGAAUUUAUAUGCAUUAUUUGGAUUGGUAAAAUGAAAAAGCCUGUCGAAUUUCAACAAUUUCGGUAGAUUACUUCCAGUGUUAUGGCCCUUAUUUUAGUUUUUAGAACCUUGUGACCCCUCAAAUGAUGAAAAUUAUAAUGUCAUCUGUAUGAAAUUGUCUAUUAAAUGCCCUUAAUUACCUACAAAAGAAUAAAUAUGAGACAACCCUUGUCGACCGUUCGGACGAUUUAGCUGCUGUGGACGUAUGUUUUGUUGCCUGGCAACCUAUCUUUAAAAUAAGCUUAACCUGUGGAAGAUCUGAUUUUGACAUUAUAUUAUUAUGAAACAAAAAAUAUAAUCAACCAAAUUAGUAAGUCUGCAUAGUAUGUGUGAUAUUUUUAAAGAUUAGAUUAAAAGUUAAACCUCAGAAAGCUAUGACUGCACACUAAAGGUGUAUUUAUUAGAGAAUUUAAAGUCCAAAAUGUCAGAAUAAAGGUUAAAUACUGAGUUAGUGACUACACACAGUCAAAAGUACAUGUACUUUUAUUACAAAACCUUUUGGUCCAAAAAUUAUCCGGAUGGUCAGUUUACGUUUUCAUUGCUUUCAUUUUAAUUUCCUACCCCAUCUUUAUCUCUCUUCAACAAAUAAAGUACAGGUACUAAUAAUUGUUCUAUUGGUUCUUUAUGAAGGUCUGUAUAUACUCAGAUGUGGUUAAUUACAUAUAACAACAGUCUUUACAUGGAAUGGUGCAGAUUUUUGCCUUUUGAAAUAUAUAUAUGAUUUGUUUUGCAAGUUUGCUAUUAGUUUCGUUGGAUUAUUAAUAUGUAUAUUUCAUCUUCUGUGAUACUGUUACAAAACAAAUGGCUUUGUAUAAAAGCAGCUCUAUACUAUUAUGGAUAUAUACAUUUACAUUGUUCUAUUUUAAUUAGUUUAAAUUAAAGUAAUAACUAAUUAUUUGUCCUUAUUAGUUAAAGUAUUCUGUAAUUAGUUUGUAAUUAGUUUACCUUUUUCAAGAAAGAAAAUGUAUUCCAUGUAAUUAGUAGAAAUAUUAUGUAAAAUAUAAAAAUUAAUUAAUUGUCACUCAUUUUAAUUUACAUGUUAAUAAUUAUUGUGUAGUUAGUGCAAAUUAUUUAUAAACUAUUUUAUAAUUUGUGAAAUAUUAAAUGGUUCUGAUUUAAAUGGUCAUAUUAGAAUCUUUGUGUAUAAAUAUAUAUAUAUUAUAUAUAUAACAUUUUAUACCUAUAAAAUAUAAAUCAAACACAUACAUGUGCAUGAAAUAUUACAACAAUUACAUUCACUUUAAGUCCAUAUUGUAAUUUGGGUGUAUUGUCCUUGCCACACUCUCUGAACACUUAUGAGACCUCAUUUCUUAUUCAGUCAAGGAUCUUAUUUAAUAUAUAACUCAUUGUUAACCAUACUUUUAUAACAAUCACAAAUCCUAUUGAUAUAUUUAUUCUUGCAAAUGUUACUGGUGGGUUUAGGUUUUCUAACCAGGCAGCUUAUAGUUAUGUAACAAUUUAGUGUGUAUGAAUUUUUCUUUUUUUGUUAAAUAAAUUCAAUCUUAUCAAAUUCAAAUUGUUACAAAAACUUUUUUCAGUGGUCAUAGAUUUCAUAGGCCCCAAAACUACAGACAAAAUUAAAAAAAAAAAUUGAAUUAACAUUGAUUUCAAAUAGACUAUACAUGUAGUUUUGUUUCUGUAAUACUAUAAAGAUGUUUCCAUUAUUAUAUUACCAUUUAUCUUUUGUAUGAUGGUAUCACCAUAAAUAACCAAAGCCACAGUAUGUCAAAAUAGAUAUUAAUUAUAUUUUGUAAAGAUAAUUAAUUAUUAUCAUUAUUAAAUAUUUUUAUAUUAUCCAAUAUUAACCUUAAAAGCAUGACUAAUUAUAUAAAAACAUCUUUAGUACAUGUAGCAUAGGAUUAGGAAGGUCAGAACUACCCACAGCCUUCCACAAUUAUUUAAAGAUAUACAUGUACAUGUAUUCUUGUUUGGUGAAUAAAUUUAAGGCAAAGUUCUACUUGUACCCCUCAAUGUCUUCACAUAUUACUAAUGAUGCAUGUGUCAGUGUAUUAUAAGUGUAAUUGUAUUUAAUGUGCACUAUCAAAUGAAUUAAUUAUUCUUAAUUCACUCCGCCUUUCAAGCUAGGUGUAUUGUUCAGGUGUAUUGACUAAUUUAAAUUCAAUAAUGAACAUUUUCUGGUUAGGUUAAAGGCCCAAUACCACUCUUGUUGUAACUGAAUAAUAUGUCCCAAUCUUUAUUCUGGUCAACAAAUUGUACUAUUUUAGAAUAUUUCAAUUAAUUGAUAAUACAGAUUUCAUCUUAACACACCUUAUUUAAAAAUUUUGAAAAAUUCAACAUAAUGGUUUGAAACGUCUUAACGUAAACCUUUUCAAAUGAAACUUCGAUUUAAAAAUAUUUUCGAACCCUGUGGACAAGUAAAAUAGGAUGUAAUGGAUAAUUUACACAACAGGUAGGACACUUAAACAUCUAGUACUUAGAUAGAGAUAUUAUUUAUUUUCUGGAGCUUUCAAGCCAGCAAGAGUGUUAUUGUCCCUUUAAGCUCAAUUUUAAACAAAAGAUAAAUGUGCAAGUAAUUAAAGAGUGUCAUCUAACUAAUUUGUGGUGUGUAUUGGGGGGGGGGGGGGAGGGCAUGGUGACAUCAGUCUCACUGUUGGUUUGAAAUACACAAAGUUGGACAUCAUUAUGGUUAUUUGUAAUUAAUUAUGGACAUGGACUUUUGAUUUUACAUGCCGGUCUACCUCAGGCAAAAGUACAAGUAUUUAAUAUUGACAAAUUUCACAGCUGAACUGUUUUCUAAGUGAAAAUACUUCAGAUGUACUAGUAUAGACAUUCUGUCAUCAUGUUUGGAUGGGAAUUCUGUGCAUAUGAUCACAUCAAAAUCAAAUUUUAUAUAGCUACAUUUAUUUGUGGUCAAUUAUUGUCGUCAUGUCUUGUCUGUUGUCCACAUUCAGGAGGCUAAAUCUAUCAUCUGAUUAAAGUUUAUACCAAUAAGAUGUAUAAGUCUUUUAAUUUUAUCAAUGACCGAUAAUUACUUGCAGAGUCGUGUCCCUUGAUCACUUUUAAGUAAAGUAUUGUUGACAGUCUAGAGGCGAAAGUUAUCAAUUGAUUGAGUUUUAUACUGGUUAUAUCCAGAGAAGCUUAUGGAUUUCAUCGAUUUUUAAAACUUAUUAUCCAAGUUAUUACGCUUAAUCAUUUUGACAAAUCCUGUGGGUGCUCUACAGGCUAUGUCAUCUGAUGGACAUUAUCAUCUGUUGUUGAUAUCAGUAUCCAGAAGGAACCUAUCAAAAUCUAAUGCUUUCCCAUAAUUACUUUAUGAGUUGUUGCUCUAUCUUAUAAAUGGUCUAGUUAGCUAUGAAUCAACCAUCAGGUGACAGUGGUGACACCCUUUGUGAACUUUAGUACAACCUGGCUGCUGUGGAUGGUGUACCUUUUGUUGAAUGGCAACCGAUCGUUUGUUUAUAAAUUAUCCAUAUGCAUGUAUUGCAAUGUGCAUGCUUUACUAUUAAUGGAAUAUAACUAAUUAUAAAAUAAAUUUACAUUAAUGCAUAGAUUCUCUAAUAUAUGACAUUAGAGGAGACACCUUUAUAUUUAUUAGAGGUCAGCAUUGUUGGAAUUACUAAUAUAAUAUUUAGUUAUGAUAGUUAUCUUAGUAAAAUAAUUAUGAGAAUAAAAUUACACUUUUUUAUAUACUAUGUAAAAUUUUUCUGGCUUUUAUAAAUAUUUAUCUUUGAACUGGGACUGUUUUCAUACACAAUUCAUUAAAGUUAUGGGCUCUCUUUUUCAUUUAUUGUAUACAUCUGGAAGUAUAAAAUAAUAAAUUAAUAAUGUGUAUGUUAAUCUGUUAUGAGUAUCAAAAUGAAGUCACAAAAAUCCUGUAACAAGAUAAGUAGAUGGAUAAUGAAUUAUGACUGGUUUUGACUUCCGGGCUACCUGUACCACAAGAGAGAUUUAUCUCCAGUAUAAUGCCAGGCCAGAUUCGGGGUAUGUGGUUGUGUGUCUUGGGGAUAGCUUCAGGAACUCUUUGUAUUCACAUAACACAUUGAUAAAGACAGCCCAAUGCUUUUAGAGUCCCAGUAUCAACACAAGUUGCAUGUUAUAAAAAUAUUGUGAAUUAUAUAAAAGUGCUUUUAUUUAUAAAAAAAUUUAAAAUGCACCUAUUAAUAUUAUUAUAAAAUGACAUUAUUAUAAAUUGUUGAAAUAUUAUAAAUAUUAAAGUUAGUUUGAUAAAUGAA